CACCGCGUGCGCCGCCGUUCCACUUCCGGAAGCCACAGGCAAGAUGGCGGCGUCCGAGGAACACGAUUCCUCCGCAGAAGCACUUCAGACAGCUGCGGAAGAGGAGGAAGCUAAAACAUUUAAGGACCUGGGCGUCACAGAUGUAUUGUGCGAAGCUUGUGACCAGUUGGGAUGGGCAAAGCCCACCAAGAUCCAGAUUGAAGCUAUUCCUUUGGCCUUGCAAGGCCGUGAUAUUAUUGGGUUGGCGGAAACCGGGUCUGGGAAAACAGGGGCCUUUGCUUUGCCCAUUCUGAACGCACUGCUGGAGACUCCCCAGCGCUUGUUUGCCUUGGUCCUCACGCCUACUCGAGAGCUGGCCUUUCAGAUCUCUGAGCAGUUCGAGGCCCUGGGGUCCUCCAUCGGAGUGCAGUGUGCUGUGAUUGUUGGUGGGAUUGAUUCAAUGUCCCAGUCACUAGCCUUGGCCAAAAAACCACAUAUAGUAAUAGCCACUCCUGGCCGACUGAUUGACCACUUGGAAAACACCAAAGGCUUCAACUUAAGAGCUCUUAAGUACUUGGUCAUGGAUGAGGCAGACCGGAUACUGAACAUGGAUUUUGAGACAGAGGUUGACAAGAUCCUCAAAGUGAUUCCCCGAGAUCGGAAAACAUUUCUCUUUUCUGCUACCAUGACCAAGAAGGUGCAAAAACUUCAGCGUGCAGCUCUCAAGAACCCUGUGAAGUGUGCCGUUUCCUCUAAGUACCAGACUGUUGAGAAGCUGCAGCAGUAUUACCUUUUUAUUCCCUCCAAAUUCAAGGACACCUAUCUGGUUUAUAUUCUCAAUGAAUUGGCUGGCAACUCCUUUAUGAUAUUCUGCAGCACCUGUAACAAUACUCAGAGAACGGCUUUGCUACUCCGAAAUCUCGGAUUCACUGCCAUCCCCCUGCAUGGACAGAUGAGUCAGAGCAAGCGCCUUGGGUCCCUUAAUAAGUUUAAGGCCAAGGCUCGAUCCAUUCUUCUAGCAACUGAUGUCGCCAGCAGAGGUCUGGAUAUACCCCAUGUGGAUGUAGUGAUCAAUUUUGACAUUCCAACUCACUCUAAGGAUUAUAUCCAUCGAGUGGGGCGAACUGCAAGAGCCGGGCGCUCUGGAAAGGCCAUUACUUUUGUCACACAGUACGAUGUGGAGCUCUUCCAGCGCAUCGAGCACUUAAUUGGGAAGAAACUGCCUGUCUUUCCAACUCAGGAUGAGGAGGUUAUGAUGCUCACAGAACGUGUGAGUGAAGCCCAGAGAUUUGCCCGAAUGGAGUUAAGGGAGCAUGGAGAAAAGAAGAAGCGUAAGCGAGAGGACGCAGGAGAUGAUGAUGACACCGAGGGCGCUAUCGGUGUGAGGAACAAGGUGGCUGGGGGGAAGAUGAAGAAGCGGAAAGGUCGCUAACGGCUUCAGAGACAGGACUUCUGCUCAGCUGUGCAGAGAUGGACGGCAGCAGGGACCCUCCCCUCUGAUCCUGUCCAGAGGCCGCUCGGCCAGCUGGGAGCUCAGUUUCCUCUCCGAGGGUUGGAGUGUCAUUGCAGUGGGACAACUCUGACAGUGUUGACCCCGACUGACUGCUCUCCAGCUUGCAUUCCUCGCCUGACACAGUGCUGUGUGUUCUUCUGCCUUUUCCACCUGCAAGGCAGGGCCUGGCCGAGGAAGAGCAUCAUCUGUCGUUAAUUGUAAAGCUUUUACAGACUGGGGUGUAAACCUAUCCUGCCGUCAUUAAGCCUGGUGUGGAACAAUAAUUAUUAUUUUUAAAGAUGUA